AUGCGAGCGGUACUUCCGGGGAGACCCCCAGCGAAGCUGCAGGCGUUCAGCACGGCGCUGUGGGAUGGUCUUCGUGUUGUUGCAUACAUCUCCGGCCACGCGCUGGUUAUCCUCGGCGGUCCGCAAACGCUCCUCCAAACGAUUUACGUCGACGAUACAGAAAUCCUCGAGGCCGUAGCUUUUGACGAAACAUCUGGCAAGAUUGCUGUUUGUGGCGGCCCUGAUGUGUUCGUGUACCAGCCAUACGGCAUCCAGGGCGAAACGCUCAAGUGGUCGCUCCUUUAUACAUUCCGCGCCCCCGAUGACGACGAACCGAUCUAUACACUAUCGUGGGGUUCCUCGAACGAGCUCCUAGUGGGCAACUCCCGCCUCGCCCUUUGGUUUAUGAAUGACGAACCGCGCCUUGUAUGGAAAAGGGAGCUUGCAACACCCGUGAAAUUCGCGCAAUUUUCUCCGGAUUCGUCCUUGAUUGUUACAGUAGGGCAUUAUGACCGUUUGGUCAAGGUAUGGAGACGACUCGCCUUCGGCGCAGACGAGGUUCGGUUCGAAAACUCAUACCUGCCCCAUCCGAAUGUCGUCACCGGGAUACACUGGCGAUUACCUCGGUACCCUGAGCAAUCUAUGGAUAAUGUUCUGUAUACAUUAUGCGCCGAUAACAAGAUUCGGGUAUGGGCAGUGACGGACGUUCAUGCGCUUUCUGCCCUACAGUUCUGGGCAGAGAUUGACAUGGAUGAUUCGGUCCAACCGAGGCAUGCGUCGGAUGAGGAUCAAGGACCACAACGGCGGUAUGGGUUUAUUUUAGAUGGCCGCGACUUCUGCGCUGCGACGGAGCGUGCUGUUCAGAGGACCACAGGAAACAAGGAAAAUCAUGCGCUAGAACAUAUCAUCGAGGUUGCGAGCAAGGCCCCGGAGAUCUGUAUUGUCACUGAUGGCCGGGGCCAUAUGUCUGCUUGGGCUUUUGAAGAUAUCGGUUCUAAAGCAAAGACCAAGUUGAGCGUCUUCAAUAUUCUCCAUGUCGAAGGCUUGGACUUGGGAUUUGUAUUCGAUCAAUCGCCGCAAGACGACUACGCUCAGAUUUGUGCAUUCCAGAGUACGCCAUCGGACGACAAGCUCAGUGUUCUGGUCCAUCACUUCGACGGUCGGAUCGAGUGGUAUGAUUCUCGUGUGGAUGUUCUGUUUGAUCCUGCACCCCGCACGAAAAGAAUCACCCAGAUGGCCUCUUGGUCUGGCCAUACUGCCCCUGUGAAAAAGAUUGUUCGGAAUGCGAUUGGAGAUACGCUAGUGUCACGUACCAAUGAAAACAAAGCCACUGUAUGGACACAGCGGCGUCGGGAAGGAAGAUCGAUCUUAGCGUACAAGAGUGUCCUCCUCUCGGAUGAGCAUAUUCAUCGGACAUGUGUGCUAGAGAACAUGAAUCUUCUCGUCAAUCUCCACCACAAUGGGGUCUCCCUGUGGGAUUUCAGCUCAAAUCAUGCCAAGAAAUUGACUUCUUUGCCAUUCUCACUGCCCGGCAAGCCACUAUGUGUGCUGCAAAUCCCCAGCAUCCAAGCGACUCCAGAUGUUUCCUAUGUAGCAACAAUAUGGGCAGACAUGCACGGAAUUGCGUGGGAAAUACGAGGCCCGAGUCAGGGAUCCCACAAGGGGAGCUUUAUAAAUGAGCUUGGCUAUCAAGUGCGAGAAUUCUGCACCUUUGACAUGGGGCUGGAGGAGGAUGUUGCAUAUAUCCUUCCCGUCGACCCAGCAGGCCCCAAAACAAAAAUAUCGGGCUUCUUCGAUUCUUUUUCUACCGACAUCGCUCUCUCCUACACCUACAGUGGAGUUGUGCGCACAUGGACAGCCACGAUCGAUCCAGUGAAUGUGAAGGUCGAUUGGCUACUUCAAUCAACCGUUGAUACAGGCAUCACCAACCCAUCUAUGGCUAGUGGGAGCUCUAUUCGCAAGGCAGCUCUGGUUGACGAGGACCGGACUCACCUCACAAUCUGGGACACCAACAAUGCUCAGCUGGAAUUUGAGCAACAUUUUGCUCCUCAUGACAUUAUCCAGGAUUUGGACUGGACGUCAACACCAGACAAACAGUCCAUCUUAGCCGUGGGAUUCCCACAUAAAGUUGUUCUCUUAUCUCAGCUACGCUAUGAUUAUCUAGAUUCCCGACCCUCGUGGACACAAGUUCGGGAGAUCUGGAUCCGAGAUCUCACACCUCACCCUAUAGGAGACUCUUGCUGGCUGAAUAACGGCCAUUUAGUCAUUGGGGCUGGCAAUCAACUGUUCGUUUAUGACAAGGAUAUUGACGUUGGAGACCGCCUAGUGUCUGAGCUUCGGAUGCCAUCUCGCGGACUAUCAUCUGUCGAUCUCUUCGACGUUGUCAGCCGGCUGAAUGGCCCGUUGCCUGUGUUUCAUCCACAGUACUUGGCACAGUGCAUUUUGGCUGGAAAGACUAGCUUGGUACAUUCGAUUCUCUUAAACCUACAUCGCAAGCUGAAGUUCUAUACGGAGGGCGAUGAGCUAGAUGGUUUCCUAGAUAUGCCGGUAGAAUGUUUCUACGAGCAAGAUGGUUCCCAACAAGGGGUCUCCAAGGAAAUGCGCUCUUCCUACGUCGAUUCCACUGAUGAGGAAUUGCCGUCUGUCUUAGAUGAAAACGCUGCGGCCGCGCUCAAUGAGAGCUUAGCACGAAUCGCCUUGCCGCAACUGUCUAGCCACGAACAGUUCCGCUUGGCAGAUACCAUUGAAUGCGUUGCCAUGGUUGAGAAGCACCGGCGCUCAAUGGACGAUAAUGCAGCUCGGUAUCUCUUAUUUUUCCGACAACAUAUGCUGCGGCGGACCCAAGGAGUUGCCAAUAAAGACGCUGUCUCAUGGCGAGAGAUUGUCUGGGCUUACCAUAGCAGCAGCCAAGAUAUUCUCACAGAUCUUGUCUCCCGGCAAUUCAAUGGAAAAUUGACUUGGAAGGCUGCCCGUGAAAGCGGUCUCUUCAUGUGGUUAUCGGAUUCCAUAGCUGUGAAAGCGCAACUCGAAAUCCUCGCCCGAUGUGAAUACACCAAGACGGAAGAGAAAAACCCCAUCGAUUGUACUUUAUAUUACCUAGCCCUCGGAAAGAAGAACGUCCUUCAGGGUCUCUGGCGUAUUGCACAUUGGAACCGCGAACAAGCAGCAACUCAACGUUUGUUGGCAAAUGACUUUAGGGAACCGCGAUGGAGGACAUCUGCGCUUAAGAAUGCUUAUGCAUUGCUUGGAAAGCGACGAUUUGAAUAUGCAGCAUCGUUCUUCCUUCUCGCCGAUCAUCUGCGUGACGCUGCAAACGUUAUCAUAAACCAGAUGGGUGAUCUCCAGCUUGCGAUCGCAAUCACUCGAGCCUCCGAAGGAGACAAUGGACCGGUUCUUCGGGAGAUAUUAGAAGAAAAGGUAUUGCCUCAGGCCGCUUCCGAGGGCAACCGCUGGCAGGCCUCCUGGGCUUUCUGGAUGCUUGGACGACGGGAUAUGGCAGUGCGAGCACUGAUUUCGCCGGUCGAGACCCUCCUAUUAUCGACGACCCCAGCCACCCCGGGAAGCCCGGGGCGAGUAACCCUUCAGUCCAAGUCAUAUCUGUCCAACGAUCCUGCCUUGGUAGUCUUAUAUCAACAACUCCGCGAAAAGACACUCCAAACCCUCAAAGGCGCCUCCAAAGUGCGACCCAGGGAAGAAUGGGAAUUCGUUAUUCGCAAUGCCCGACUCUACGACCGUAUGGGCUGUGACUUCCUCGCUCUCGAUCUGGUACGCCACUGGGAGUUCCUAGGCGGACUGCCUAGUCAGGAUGUACUGAAGCCUAAUACCUCCUUGGAAAUGAACGAGAACGGAGUCGAUUACCGGAAAAUGCUUCAUCGGCGGAGCAGCCUCGUAGUUGCUGAUAUGCCGGUGCGCCGAGCAGAUGUCUCACAGGAACCCACACCCGGCGAGAAACCGAAGAAAGAAGAACAGAAAGCGAAGCCGAAGCCACCUCCUACGAUGUUUCAUGAGCCGGAUGCCAAUUCGUUGCUAGACAGCUUUGGGUUCUAG